AGCUGGGUUUAAUUAGAAAAAAAUCCUUAAUUCUACGUGAAAAGAUUUGUUUUUCUUUCAAAAAAACUCCUCGUCUUAUUUCAAAACGUUUACAAUCCCAUGAUGAUAAAAUAGUUGAACAACAGAUAACGAAAUCUACUUCGUCAAUAUGGCGCAGUAAGAUAACGGAACGUAGGAACAAUGGCCGCCAUGUACGCUAGAGUGUACCUGUGUCUGACCGGCAUAUUAUUCCAGGUAAAAGGUCAGGUUCUUUUCGACUACAGAAACGGCAAUGAAGUUACCCUACAAUCUAGGCCCACACCCGUACUUAUUCCCGGGGGACAAAAAUUUCCAUUCUUUGGACAGCUCUAUAACGCCUUCUACGUUUCCAAAGAUGGAAUAGUUGGAUUCAGUCCUGAUGCUGAAUAUGUCACUGGAAAGGUUUACUCCUUUGACCGGGAGAAAUUAGCCAACGAACUGGAAGAUUAUCCAUUUAUUGCCACAUUCCUUUACGGUGGGGUUCCCCUCAACACCCCCUUUCAAAAUGGAAAUGACAUAUAUGGAGGAAAGAUUUAUUUUCAAAUACUAUUGAAUUCCACCAGUUCAAGAGACAUUGAAAGCAUGGGUAGAUAUAUAAACGAUGCUUUCAUUGGUGUUUACAACUUUACACCAUCUUAUGCACUUGUGAUCACCUGGGUGAAUGUAACGGACUUAUACCAAAUCAGCGUUGCUGGAUGCAACGACAAAUUAAAAAAAUGUCAGAAAAACACAUUUCAGGCAGUUUUGCUGUCGGAUGGGAAAAAAAGUUUUGCCAUAUUUAACUACCAACAGACCGAAAUAACAACAAACCCUUCGUACCAGGCUGGUUUUAAUGCUGGGAAUGGGAGGGGUUGGAGUGAGGCCAUGCCAAGCUCCAAACUUCAGAAUGCUGCAGCACUACAGGGUAGCAACAUAACUGGACGUUACCUAUAUAAAAUUGAUCAGGAGCGGAUCCUCACAGGUGGAUGUAAUGGUCAAAGGGAAUUAAGUCCCAAUGGUCGAUUGCAAGUGACUCCGGGUUUUGCCGGAAUGUUGGGAGGUGAAAUGCUAGAGGUUUCUGGACCAUGUUUAAGACGAGAGGAUAGGAUAUUUCUUCGUUUUGGAACAGAAAGUGCCUAUUCUGAGUGUUCUAUGAUUAACACCAUGAAAGCAAGAUGUUCUGUCCCGAUGUUGUUAGAGAGAGGUGAAGUUAACGUAGCCUUGUCAUUGGACGAAAAGGCAAACUUUUACUACGACACCGAUAUAACAAUAGUUCAUCCAAGUAGAAUGCCGAAAGAAACGAAAGUCAAACUUCAUGACAAUGGACCCGGACAGAGAUGGAACGAGACUUACGCCACAACUCUAGCGCUGAGUUGGGAUCCGAACCUUCUUUCUACCGAUCCCAACGCCAUAGUAGAUAUUAAUUUUGUGGGUUUUAUCGAAAACAAAAUUACAUUCCAGGCUGGAUGGAAUAAGCGAAUUACCUUGAAUCAUCGUGAUGUACGUGUAGGUGAGAGAACUUUUAUGUUUAAUGCUACAGACGUGUUUUGUGAUGCGGAGUGUGCCAGAUGUGAAGUAGGAGUGGUAGAGGUGACCCUGAGAGACAAAUCUAUGGCUGCUGAGAGAAGAGUAAUGUUCAGUGGUGUUGUUCCCAUGGGAUGGAUAGUCAACACUAAAAUGUUGUCGAUGUAUGGAAGUAAUUGGCAACACACUAAAUGCGUGGCGUGGUACAACGAAGAUCGGAAGGACAUGAGGUGGUUAGAAAACCUUGAGUAUUGUCCAUGUAACUUACAACUGGCUCUUGCAGACUUCGGUAGAUGGCAGACAGAUGUCGGCUGUAAUCUCUACAGCAAUGACCCUCAUAAGUGUCGAUUUCAUCUAGGCGCGGUGCACUGUGUUCGAGCAGUCCAACCCACACGACAAGAGGGUGCUGGAAAUCAGUGUUGCUAUGGACAUAAUGGACAACUCCGCUUUGCUGCUGAUACCUUCCAAGGAAGUACACCGGACAGAAGCCAUGAUUGGGGAGCGGCACCAUACGUUAAACCCGGCUUCGUACCAUCUCUGUCUCACUGGAUUCAGGACGUGGUCACAUUCUAUUAUUGCUGUCUUUGGACAGAUUACCAAGAUUGUGAUUACUAUAUGGACCAACGAGGAACGCGAGAUUGUUCGGGCUACUCUCCCCCUAAUCAAGCAAUGGUGUUUGGACAAUCUAAUGUGAGGACAUUUGAUGGUCAGAAGUACCACGUGUGUGGGGAAGGGGACUUUGUGCUGCUAAAUUCCACUGAUGUGAAGAUAGUUGGGCGAUUUCAAAAGUCACCAUUCAACCCUCAGAAUACCAAGUCUGUCAUUUUAACUGCUGUUGGUGUCCAGGCUAGAAAUGAAGUAGUGGAAAUCAAGCUGAAAGGUCCGGAAGUAGAUAGGAGUAUACGGACAUUAGAUGUUCUUGUUAAUGGAGAAUUUCAUUAUUUUGAUCAAGGCCCUCAACGAUGGAAGGACUUCAAAGAAACUGCUGUUGUGAACAGCGAUGACCUCUCCAAUACUAAGGAAUCUAACUUCACUAUUAUUGUGAAAAACGGCGUAGGGAUACAGGUGGCGGAGGAGAACGACAUGCUUAGCCUUAUUGUAAUGAUCCCUCCGCAAUUCAAUAGCAGCGGUUUGCUUGGUUCCUGGAAUAAUAAUAUAAAUGAUGAAUUCACUCCAGCAAAGGGUGGAUCUCUGCCAAUGAAUGCCUCUCCAACCCAGAUUUAUGAGCAAUUUAUAUUAAGUUGGGCCAUAGAAAGGAAAAGCUCUUUCAUUCCUUUCCCAGUCUUUGCCAAGAACAUUUCCCUCUGUACUCCGACGUCUGACCAACAGCCAUCUUGUCUCUCAGAUUCCGCAUGCAACUAUGACUUAUGGAGCACAGGAAACACAACGUUGGCUCAGAGAUCUUUGAAAUUUUCACAGAGGUUCCAGGAACUUCAAACCGAACUCAAACCAGUUCGUUCCUGUGGUUUGCUGAAUGUUCCACGCAGUAUAAAGGACAAUUAUAACUACAGUCUCGGGAGCACUGUCACAAUACAAAGCUGUAGGAUAGGACGCUUUACAGGGAGAUCACAGUACACGUGUACUGAUAAAGGUGACGGCUCACAGGAGUGGACUCCUCCCAUAACUGGAUCUUGCCAAGUUGCUUCGGCAGAUGAAGGAUUAAAUGAGGGAGCGAUAGCAGGAAUUGUUAUAGCUGUUUUACUGGUCAUUUUGAUAGUGGUAGUGAUUGCGUUUGUAUGCUUCAAGAGACAAAGAUCUUCCUCAAACAACAAAACUACUAAAAGAGAGAGCGAUGAGAUGCCAGCUGGGAAAGACAUUUUGUAUAAGGAAGAUGAUGACCCACGAUAUUCUUCUGCUCAACCUCCGAUGGGACAAAAGAAACACAUAAGUGAAGAAAGUGUUUGAGAAAUUUUGAACCGCUGUGGACGAUGGCCACACAGGGUUAUCUGCAAUAAUUGUACCCAAACAAAACUGCCUCAAUAUAUGAACAAGACAAACACCUACAUGUAUAAUAUAUCUUGCAAAGAAAGGUGUACUUAUGGACACUGAACAACGGCCAUCUCUGCUGAUUCUUUGUUUCCAGACUUCCUCUCAUAAUAAAUGUGCAUUUUAUACACUGCAUGUAUGAAUGUUCAAGCAAAACGGUGUAAAAGAUGCGAAUAUAUGGUUUGAUAUUCCUUAUUUACGAUGUGCAUGUUCAGGUAUAUGUAUUUGAUAUUCUAGCAUUAAUUGGUAUUACUUUUUCAUUAUAUUUGCUGUUCAUGCAUAUUAUUCCUCUUUGCUGAACAUUCCCAGUGAUAAAUGUUGCGUGUGUGUUCAUUCAUAAUCAUGAAACAACUACUUCUUCUGUGCCAUUUCCCAUACUGUCUCAUUUAUUUCAUAUCCCAAUAGAAUACUAGAGUUUUUUUUAUAAGCAUUUAUAUCGACACAUCUCUGAAAUACUGUUUUCAGCUGUCAUGUAUAAUAAUGUCUUCAUUACAUUUGAGAAGACUUAAAAAUAUUGUUGCAGCAUUCAAAAGAUUUUUUUUAUUACAAUUUGUAACAUACA